UAUCCGAUUGACUUUGGUGUAAAAAACGACACUUCAACUGAUACAAUGAAAAUUUGUGCAACGAAUUAUUUAGCAGCCCAACAUAAAUAUGCCUCAUCUAUCGUUAGCGACCUAUUCCACACUAUUAUUACAAAGACUUAAUUGCCCAACUUGCCCGCAGAACACAAAGACAUUUGAACAGCACGUAAAUUAUUUAAAUUUUUAUUUAAAAAUAUCUAAGAUUUCUCCUUUAUACUGCAUAUUUUCUCUCAUUCAUAUCUAAUCAUAUCUUUAUUCUUUAAAAAAUUAUUUAGCUUAUAUUUAAAAUAUUAGAACAAUAUCAUUAACUUGACUUUGGUCUAAAAAAUUACACUUCAAAUGAUACUAUGAGUGUUUGUGCAAUGCGAUAUUUAAAAAACCAACACAGAUGUGCCUCCUCCAUCAUUAGCGACCUAUUCCACAUUAUUAUUACAAAAAUCUAUGAUUGCCCAACUUGUCCGCAAAACACAAAAACCUUCCAACAACACGUAAAUUAUUUAAAUUUUUAUUUAAAAAUAUCUCUCUAA